AUGCCUUCUUCAAUACCGGACGAACCUCAAGGCGAGUCUGAGCCCUAUUUAGAUCAACACUUGUUGAGAACCGAGACAAGAGAAAGCUUGCGCAACCUGGGAAUUUCUGAAAAGGCGCCUCCUAUCGAUAUCAAUUAUCCGGAAGCCGGCCAUCAUGGAGAUCCUGUCUUUCCCGAGGAGUAUGUCCUCGAAACAAACACAGGUCUCGUGCCCCAGCGAACCCUAGAACAGAUGCGGUCCCGCGCCUCACGAGCGAGUUCACCAAACGAAACGAGCGAGAGUGACGUCGAGAAAGGGCCUGCUGAACCGACAGAAUUUGUCACCUUCAAGAUCGGCGAUCCAGAAAACCCUUUCAAUUGGUCUCGAGUGUAUCGGUGGUAUGUUACAAUGGUUGCAUCGGCGCUUGUGGUCUGCAUUGCCUACGGCUCGUCCAUCGUCACGGGCGGACUGGGUCUCAUCCAAGAACAAUACAAUGUCUCGCUUGAGGUUGCAAUCUUGACCUGUUCUAUCAUGGUCUGCGGUUUUGCUGUCGGUCCUCUCCUCUGGUCUCCCUUGUCCGAAAUCAUUGGUAGACGACCUGUCUACAUCAUCUCUCUGGCGCUUUAUGUCAUCUUCAACAUCCCCUGCGCCCUGUCCCCUAACAUCGGCGGCGUGCUGGUCUGCCGCUUCCUCUGUGGUGUCUUCUCCAGCUCUGGUCUAUCCUUAGCCGGUGGCACCAUCGCCGACAUCUGGAGCAUCGAAGAGCGAGGCAUGGCCAUCGCAUACUUCGCGGCGGCCCCGUACUGCGGCCCCGUCGUCGGUCCCAUCGUUACCGGCUGGAUCAACGUCGGCACUGGCCGUCUCGACCUCUUCUACUAUGUCAACAUUGCAUUCUCUGGCCUCAUCCUUAUCCUGGUCGGUCUGAUCCCCGAGACCUACGCGCCGGUCAUCCUCAAGCGUCGCGCGGCCUCCCUCCGCAAGUCCACCGGUAAUGAAAACAUCAUCACCGAACAGGAACAACACAAGCCCAGCCUCGCCGACAUCGCACGUACCAACCUCAUCCGUCCUAUCAGCAUGAUCAUGACCGAACCCGUCCUCGACCUAAUGUGCAUGUACAUUGUACUCAUCUACUCGAUGCUCUACGCGUUUUUCUUCGCGUAUCCCGUGAUUUUCGGCGAACUUUACGGUUACAACGACGGCCAGAUUGGCCUAAUGUUCAUCCCCAUCCUCAUCGGCGCGGGGUUCUCCCUCCUUCUCACGCCUCUAAUUGAGAACCAAUUCAAAGAAAUCUGUAAAUCGCGCGCACCUACCCCCGAAGACCGACUUAUCGCAGCACUAAUCGGGGCGCCUUUUAUCCCCAUCGCAUUCUUCCUCCUCGGCGCCACAUCCUUCAAGCAUAUCAUCUGGGUCGGGCCCGCGUCGUCCGGAAUUGCCUUCGGGUUUGGUAUGGUGCUUUGUUAUUAUGCCGUGAAUAACUACAUCAUCGACUCAUACCAGAAGUAUGCGGCUUCGGCGCUUGCGGCAAAGGUCUUCUUGAGAAGUGGCGGUGGAGCGGCGUUUCCACUGUUCACGACCCAGAUGUAUGAUCGGUUAGGAUUGCAAUGGGCAUCGUGGUUGUUGGCGUUUAUUGGAGUAGCGAUGGUGUUCAUACCGUAUGUGUUUUACUGGUUUGGAGGAAAGUUGAGGGCUAAGUUGACGAAGGGGUGA